ACAGACGGCGCUUACCGUGCCUAUUUCCGGGUGCCAUUGCACAAUGGCUCCCAACAUACUGCAAAGCAUUAAAACAACACCAAGAUACUACUUUUUCGGCUCUUGUGCACAUCAGGAGCACGAGGAGCAGCAGGGGCCUUUGAAGAGGGAGGUGGCCAUGCGAGCAUGAGCAGCCCUUGUGGCGGCCCCGGGGAGCCCCCGUCUCCAGGCGGCCAUGGGGGUCCCCCCUGGCACCCCAUGGCCACCCCCCAUACCACUACCAAUGGCAAUGGAACACACCCCACAACUCCCCACGCACCUCUGCCACAUCUGCUCUGCUACCAGGUGGGUGCCUUGUGUGUGCAGGGGGGUGCCCCUGGCUUCUGUAAAAAGGGGUGUAUGUUAUGCCUGCAGGGGGGCACCCCUGGGUAUGCAUCAUCAGACUACCAUCACACCAGCGAUGAACUGCGUGACAUCGAGGAGAGCAUUCAGCCCCUGUCACGGCAUGAGCCACUACCAUCUGAGUUGUAUGCUGCUGCAGCUGAGGACUCCUUACCUGAUGCCCAUUUCGGGGAUUUCCUUGACCGUCCUUCUGAUGCUGGCCACCGCUUACCUCCUGUCUCUACAAUCAUUCAGGCUUCUCUCGCUAAAGAGGGCUACGACAUGCCGUCCACGACAGACAGGGCACACACCACCAGCCUGCCUCCACUCAACAUCAACAGUGUCGAAUCCACGGCUUUGUCGGACUCGCAUGAUGCCAUCCAGCGGCACGACCUCGUAGAGAACGCAAUGCUGGAGCACUCUCACUUCCUAGGGUCCAAUGAUUCCAUCUCACAACAACACCAUUCUGACCUCCUCUCAGCUGAGAACCACUCCAGGCUGCUGGAGACAGGUGUCCAGAUGGCCUCGGAUCAAGAUGCUGAUAGAGCUUGUGAGACACCCUCUGGUGAGGAGGCAUCUCUCUUGAGUCCUCCCAGUGUUCGUGAUGAAGAGUCUGCGCGAGUGAUGCUGUCCCUCGCUGAGCAGUGGGCGCGCAGUGCACACGGCAAUCUACAGAUUGCCACCGAGAACCAGGAAAGGACAAGUAGCUCAGCAGGAGAUUCGUCUUUGGCAGCACGAGAUGGACUUCUAUCGGAGGAAUCUCUUUCCCCUGUCCCGACCCGACCGCAGCCACCCACCAUUCUCCCCGUCGUCUCGUCCCUCUUCUCGCUUCCACCCCCGGCGUUGCUCCAGCCUCUUCCGCCGCUGCUGCUCUCUGGUCUUCUUCCGUCACCCAUUCAGGGAAGCUCGUCGUUCAGCAGUCGUCCUGACAGCACAGAAGUGAGGGUCAAGCAGGAACCUCCCGACCCUCCACGGGAGCCCACGGCUUCCCCCACGACGCGGGUGAAAACCGAGAAGCCCUUCCGGUGUAAUCUCUGCGGAAAGCAUCUGGCUUCCAAGAACGUGCACCAGUUGCACAUGCGCUCGCACUCGGGUGAGAAACCGUUUGCGUGCGCCCUGUGCGGCCACCACUUCUCACAGAAGACGUCACUGACGCGGCACAUGCGAUCGCACACGGGCGAGCGGCCCUUCCCGUGCGAGGUGUGCGGGAAGAGGUUUGCGGACAAAGAGCGCAUCAAGAUCCACAUGCGAACGCACACUGGGGAGAAACCAUUCGCGUGCGACGUGUGCGGGAAGACCUUCUCGCAGAAGUCGACGGUCAAGAGGCACAUGAGCGUGCAUACCGGGGAGAAGCCCUUCAAGUGUGAGGUUUGUGGCAAAGGUUUUGCAAACAGGGGGAACUUAAAUGCGCACGCCAAGACACAUGCCCAUAGCUGAGAGAGCAGCCAUAUUUUAUUCUUCUUCUGCUGUGAUAGAUUUUAUGGGGGGGGGGUUUAAGGGCGGGUUGUGAGGUGGCCAGAGCAGCGACGGUGUGCGAGGUGCGGCAGCUGUGGUGGUCGACGCCUCUGGUGUCCUUACUCUGUGUUUUUUCAUCCAUUAGAAGGUUCCUGCAAAGUAUAUCGUGGUGCAACAAUUCAUUUUCCUCUUGCACAUUGUAGGCUAGGCUAUAUGAAACAGAAUUUUUCACAGUGCUUCAUAGCAGUAGAUACUGAAAAAUGAAACAGAUGAUGGGGGAAAAAAAUAGCCUUUCAAGUAAGUUUAUGUUGUAGAGGAAUUGGUGGCAUUCUGAAGAGACAGUGCACAUGCUGCAUUAGAGGGACCCACAAGCACUUCCCUAUGACUAAUUUAUUUGAUUUUCCUGUUGCAUCGAAGUUAAGUCACUCGUAGCACCACCUAGUUAAACUUACGUCAUAAAUUGUUGCCUUUUAUAGCAAGUACAUUACGCACGUUGCAGGUACAGAUACAAAAUUGUAAUCUCACACAAGUGAACUAGAUGACGCGUGCCAUUUAUAGGCGGGGGGAAGAUGGAUGGAAUAGUCAUCAUAAAGUGAUAGGCAAGUCAUAAUUGUAUCCAUAUACCACAAGCAAAAUCAUUGUCAAUGCAUUCCAUUAAGGGGUGGUUACACACAGCUGUCGCAUCUCGUGACUAUCACACCUUAAAAAACAUGCUGUUUCCUUUCCCAGUCGCAAGUGCAAUGCCUUCAUAUGGUGCGUGUCAGUCCCCCAGCCGACGCUCUCAGUUUUCUUCUUGUGCCUUCUGGGAUUCCAUUGGUAGCAGGAAGCUUAUCCACUUGAGUGUCAUGUUGUGCACACGAUUGAAGGUUACCAAACACCUGCUGCACAUUUUGGGGUAAGAUGUACGUGCUCCCGAAGAAAUGCAUGUUUGAAUGAAGGCAGCGUUUCACUGUGGGCCCUUCAUGAUGACAUGCUGCAUAUAACAAAAGCGGUUUCGUCCAGUAUCAGGUGCGGUAGAGCUUCAGUUUAGUUCUGCAGUCUGAAAACUAAUACUGGGCAGUAAUUUUACCGCCCACUGCAAAUAAGGCACUGUUUGGUGCUCUUCAAACUGAUGCACAAAUGACAUUCUGGUGGUUCGCUCUUACACUGCCUGGUUUGGAAAACCAUCCUAUGUCCAGGGCAGUUAGUUGUUGAUAGCUAGUAGAGUGGACAGUGCAAUGGGCACUUAACUUUAUAGUCCAUUUUAAAACUUUAGGCCUCAGAGUUUGAAGUUAUAAUGUACAUGAUAGCCAGAAUUUUUUUUUCUCACUUUCAAGCUAGCUUAGUAUACAGUUCUCCAGUCUGAACUUGACAGUAGUAUGAGGAGGGGAAAAAAAAGCUUUACUAGCAUUAUAGUUGAAGCAAUGACACAUUGUCAUAACUUAACAGCUCACAGAUAACUACAACACAUCAUAGUAAUAGCUGCAGCCAUUCUUGUUUGGACAUUGGUUGAGUGCAUGUCAAGUCCAACCAUUCAAUGUCAACAGAGGUAUCAAAAUUGCGUAAGAUAUCCAAAGAUAUUGAAAUAUAGCAACAGGAUAAAUAAAUUUUUAUUUAAUUUUAAGUUUUAGAUAAAUUUUUAAUAUGAUAUCUUCUUUAGCAAUGUACAAAUGCAUUCCCAGAGAAGUGCAAAAGACAUGGGCCGAGUACAAAAGAACUGUAGAAAUGCUGACUCCAAAAGUUACGAUAUUGUUUGGAGUGUAACCUAGCUUUAUUAACUACCUGACACUUUGAUUUUAGAAACGACUCUCUAAAUAUAGUGGCCUUACACAAGAGCCAAAUUUACACCCUGAUUAUGUCAGAUUCUAACUCCUGCUUCCUGCUUGUCAUUGGGGAAUUGCAAUACAUACAUAUACUGAGUAUCUAGGCUACAGAGUUUGAGGGCAGGAAGUUGCAGGGUUGAAAGUUGACAAUUUACGAGGCAGCAAUAAGGGUGGCGAUUACAGUGUGAAAUCGCAUUGCUGUAUUUAUGGGUGUGCGGAACCACUGAAAAGCUGGAGCAUCUAAGAAAUCCCUGUUAUUUGUUACUCUUUCAAUUUGGAGUUCAGAACGUGUUAACAUAGUGUAGAGUAGGUUACAUUUUAUAAUCAUGGCUUCAUUCCAAGUCUAAAAGAAGUACUUUGUUUAUAAACAUAGAACAUUCCCACAUAUGGGCCCUCUGUGGAAAAAUGGGCAUUGUUUUUUCUGCUGUUGACACAUUAUUCCCAUCAUCGCGUCACCUGCCUUGGUUUCUUUGUAAUCUUUGCGAUUUCAAGGUGCAUUGGGAAGAUGGAUGCUGCUUGAACAGCUGCUCUGUUCUGGCAACAGUAUGCCAUACAAAUAGACUGGUCUUGCCAGAUAAUGUUAACUCACGCUGCAUAAAAUGGAUAAGCUGGCUAGUGGAAAGUGUAAGCAAGGAGAAGACUAAUAUUUGUCCUGUCAUUGUUCCUUGAGACUAGCGGAUAUUGCCCAAUUUAAAUUUGUUUACAUUGAACUAAAUGUCCUAAGCAAGCACAACUAUUUUCAACUGCCUAGGAAGCAAAGGAGGGUAUGUCAAUAAUGGUCAUUCAAAGCAACUUAUUCUGGGUAAAGCAAAAAUUAUGCGUAAAUUGUGCGUCGUCUGCAAACAUGGCAAGCCGCACUGUUUACAGCGGGCUACAGCACCAUCUCCCGCACCUGUUUUAUCUCCCUCGUUUCACUUCUUACUUGCUGAUGUGAUAGCUCUUGUUUUGGACACAGUCUCUCAACCUCCAGGGCUGCAAAGUUGAAGAAGGCAUGAGAGAACUUUUUUUACAAACACAAACAGCAGGCCUGUUUUCUUUUCCUGGCGAGUUGUCCGCGGUUGUGAGCUUGCGUGCUUAGAAGCAUUUUUAGGUCUGUAUCUAGCCAGGUGUCAGAUGUAUUCAGACUUUUAAUGAUUAGAAGCAUCGUGUUUUGUUUUUCAUACAUUCUCAUCUUUUUCUGAUGUGCACUCGAAGGAAUGUGUUGAAAUAAGCAUGCGUUUAGGGCAUUACAUACAAGGUGAUAACCAAGUGGGACUUCCUGCCUUCUGCGGGAAAAUGACUGCAUGCUCCAUUCCCACAUUCCUCUCCGACAUGCACUUCAUGGACAUUACGAUGUCUUGUACAUUUACUUAAAUCAUUUGCAAUACAUAUUAGUUUACUGCUGGUGAUACUGCUAAACAGUGAGGGGUUUGAUCCAGUUAAAUUCUAUGAGAACAGUUAAUAAUGUUAUAUAAUAUAUACAAAUAUAUAUACAUAUAUAUGCUUGUACUAUAUUUAAUUCACAUCGAACACACACAUGUAGAGAAGCCUUAUUUAUGUUUAGUGUUAUGAUUGUGACCUCUCCGAGCGGCGGGUCCCAUUUUGUUGUUGGUGUACAAAAGAGUCUAUAUUUUUAUGUUGAUUCUUCUUGGAGUAAUUGUGCACGAGAGACUACAGUGAAAAGACCGUUUCUUGUUGGGCCGAUCUGAGGUGAUUCUCUGAAAACGUAGUAUCAAAGGCUCUUCGUAGUCUUGCUUCCUGUGUCAACAUGCAGCAUGCAGGUAUUUUAUGUGCUGAAAGAAGAAUAUAUCACAUAGUACACAUGUCUAUGUAGCUACAGGAAGCGGCAUUCAAUGACAGUAACAAGAAAUGAAAAGGCACGGCAGCAUUUGUAGGGCAUUGCAGGAUGAUGAUGCUCGUGUUGUCAUUGUAAUAUAAGGGGACGAUGCACUGGUGUUGAAUACCACAUUUCCCAUUUCCAUGUUUACAGAUUGCAUUUAUAGAUUCUGUUACAUUCGGUCAGCUACGAUAUGGUUGUUGCAGUUUAGGAAUUCUAUGAAAGUUGUAUCAGACUGGUGAAACUAUUGUGUUAUGUACCAGUAAUGAAAACAGUGGCAGCAUUGUUGGAGAGUCACCUUCAGAUUAGCAGAGAAAGUUAUAGCUACACCUGUUUGUGGAGUAUGCUACAAAGUUUUGAUGUGUCAGCAGGGCAGCGGUCUUCAGCAUGUACAGCAAAGCAAGAAGUGAUUACUGUAGAUUUUGUAUUUAUGUGUUAUGUAAUUUGCUUCACAUUUUCAAGCAGGUCGCACAUUUGCAUGUGACGUUUUGUUGAAGAGGUCUCUCUUUUAUUUUUCUGCUGACCAUCUAUGUUCAGGUGACCACUGUUAGGGAAUAGCUAGUCCAGUUUACAAAGCUUUGUUAGACAUGUUGUCAUUGCUAUAGUUGUUACAUGUUGUUGUUAUAGCUGCUAAUUUUGCUCUGUUGCUGUUUUUAAUCCAAUGUUCAAGUCAUGCAAGGCAAUGUCCCAAGUACAAGCGCACCUUGAUUUCUUUGGAGUAUGUUAUGCUAAUGUCUCAAAGUGAUUAUAGUACCACUGGCUACAUAACAGAGGGCAUUCCUCUUAGGCGAGGGAUUCCAUCUAUUGAUUUUCCUGAUUUGGUAUGACCAUUAACUUGAUUUGAUGAAGAGAGGCAACAUGAUAUCACCACUUUUUUGUAACUCGUUGCAUAUAAGGCGAGAAAAACUGCUGCGGAAUAUUUUUUCUUCGCAUUAUGGUGUUUACUGGGGUAUUCAGUCACUCUUUCUGAAAAUGUAAAUCUUUGUGUUUAUGAAUCUCAUAUCUGAUUGCUGAAUCUCUAGCACUCCUUUUGUGUGGAUUUGGUGUUGUCCUUAUUAUUAUUUUUUUUUUGUUCUAGAGGGCUGUAGGCACAUCAUUGUGAAAUGCACUGGUAACUUCUUGUAAGGUUCUUAGAAGCAGUGUUUGUUUUUUAAUUAGAUCAUUGGUGUGUGAGAUUGGGCAUUUUGAUGAUCAUUUGUACUUCUUUAUUGACUUAAAAAUGUGCGGUCUGAAUUACAGCUACAAAAGAAACAUUCAUCACAAGUAUCCUGAAUAGUUACGCAUGGAGUAACCUUGGUUCAUGGCAUGUUGGAGUUGCCCAGUAACAGCUUAUGUAAUCUGUGAUGUUAAUGUAAGCACGUGUAGUAGGUGCUGUCAACGCAUGGUUCAUUAACACGACCAGUAGGGAACACUUGCUUGACCAAAGUAGCCGGUUAUAUGAGUGUUGCAGAAGACACAAAGUGGUACCUCCUAGACUCUGAAAUGGUUCCGCAGAACUGCGAAGCAACACUAAUGAGUUCAUUUUGGCCUUCUUUCUGUGGGAUGAUGCUCUGAUGCUAGCUCUGAGGAGGGAGAAUUUCAACUGCUUUCACAUUGACAGCCGAGAUUUUGAUUGUGAUUAUUUCACGCUGCCAUGGUCAAGGGUCCUUUCCAUUCUUUAUGCCAGUAUGCUACGAAUGUGGAUAGCUGAGUGCUAGUCUUGUAAUUUGAGUCUGUAUGCUUGACCUAUUCAUGUAACAUAACAAAGAUUACAUCCCUUCGUGGACCGACA